GGCGCGGGCGGGCCGGGGCUGAGGGACACUGUUGGCCAACAUCUCCGCCGGGGUGUUUGUCCGCCUGCCCGUGCCGCUCGCCGGCGCCUCUGCCUGGCCCGCCCGCCCCUCCUUCCCCGACAGCUUCUAGCGGCCCAAGUGGACGUGGUGUUGCUUCGGUCCCCCUCCGAGGGGAGCGCAGGGCCCUGCACGGGUUCACGAACAGCAUUGUGAACAGUAUCUUUGGUACCAGGAACCAAGAGCCAGUUCUCGGAAUUGUCGUCGCAGUCACUAGGAUUGCUGCGAGUCUCUGGGAAGGCCUGUGGGUGCGUCCAGGUGCCAGGCCAGGGGAGGCACACGUGGAAGGCAUUUUCAAGAACUUUUGCCACAGGUGUAAAAGACUCCAGGCCUGCAAAGAUGCUGAAACAGAUACUAUCAGAGAUGUACAUAGAUCCCGAUCUGCUGGCAGAGCUCAGCGAAGAACAGAAACAGAUCCUGUUCUUCAAGAUGAGGGAGGAACAGAUCCGCCGAUGGAAAGAAAGAGAAGCAGCAAUGGAAAAAAAGGAAUCCUUGCCAGUGACAUCCAGGCCGAAGAAAGAAAACGGCAAAUCUGUUCACUGGAAACUGGGAGCCGAUAAGGAAGUCUGGGUCUGGGUGAUGGGCGAACACCAUCUUGAUAAACCCUACGACGUGCUCUGUAAUGAGAUUAUUGCUGAGAGGGCCCAGCUGAAAGCCGAGCGGGAAGCGGAAGAGCUCAGAAAAACUCAGUCCAAAGAAUUCGCCAAUAACUUGAAAAUGAAAUCACAAUAUUAUGGUCUGCAAGCACCAGAUACCCAGGAGACUCAGAAUAUAUGUAAGAAAGCAGCAACAGAAGAGGAAGAACUGGGGAAGGGCUCUAGACCAGCACCACUCCUUGAAGAAGAGAAAAUUCCAUGUCAACAUAGUGGAAAAACUAUAAACUCUGGCACAAGUCAGCUGUGUGAUGCCAGCAAGAUACACAACUCCUCUGCGACUCAGUUUCUUCCUCUGAUAAUUGGGCAUUGUGUUGCCCAUCCAUUAGAGUCACUCUCCAGUUCCUCAAGAAAUAUUCAACAAAUGUUGGCAGAUUCUAUCAAUCGUAUGAAGGCAUAUGGAUUUCACCAGAAGAAGGAGCCUGUGAAGAAAACACAAGAUGAAGAACUAAAACAAAUAGAUGAGGAGAAAGCCAAGCAGAUUUAUAAAAGCUGGAAAGAAGAUUCAGAGUGGCAGGCAUCUCUGCGAAAAUCCAAAGCCGCUGAUGAGAAGAGACGCUCUUUGGCUAAACAAGCGCGGGAAGACUAUAAGAGGUUAUCACUUGCGGCCGAAAAAGGAAGCGGUGAGGGACCACAAAGCCCCCCAGGAGUUCUACAGAAACCAAAAAGACCCCCCCUUCCACCCAAGCCUCACUUCCUAAACCCGGCGGGAUACCCUCCAAAGCCUCUUGGAAACCAGGGAGUGACGAGGACAGCGUCCAACUCUGCCCAGGAGGACAUCAUUCGGUGGUUUAAAGAGGAGCAGCUACCACUGCGAGCAGGCUACCAGACAACCUCAGACACCAUAGCUCCCUGGUUCCAUGGGAUCCUGACAUUAAAGAGAGCAAAUGAGCUUCUGAGUACUUGUGAGCCGGGCAGUUUUCUGGUCCGCGUCAGUGAAAGGAUCAAAGGCUACGCCCUGUCCUAUCUGUCCGAGGAUGGCUGUAAGCAUUUCCUCAUAGAUGCCUCCACGGACUCCUACAGCUUCCUGGGCGUGGACCGGCUGCAGCACGCCACCCUGGCCGCGCUGGUGGACUACCACAAGGUGGAGCCCAUAACCUCCCUGGGGAAGGAGCUCCUCCUCUACCCCUGUGGUCAGCAGGGCGAGCCACCGGAUUACCUGGAGCUCUUCGAGUGACAGCGUCCCCCGUGGUGUCCUGCGCCCUCCAGCUGGGCUUUCCUCUGGGUUAACACUGCUCAGACCUGUGCGUGUGAGGCCAAAGUCAGCCUGCAGCAGAGCCAGCACUGACCAACGGGCAAGUGUCCUUGGAGCCCCGUGGAAAUCUCUCUCCUGUGCAGAUGCUGGAGUUUAAUGUUAAGAGAAGGUUACCUCUGCGUCAUAUUCACUCCAAAAGUAAAGGGAGACGAUCCCCAAUUUCAGCAACUACCUAACGUGAAGGAUACAACCUUAAUGAUGUAUAUAAAAUGAACAAAGGAGAAAUUGAAACCUCUUAGGAAUUAAGACCUACUUCAAAAACCAAUACCUCCCGUGAACUGUUUUAUGACCUCUACGUUCCCUCUUUGCAUCAUUUCCAAAUGUCUCAGGACUGUGUUUAUAUUAAGUUCCAUGUUGGCUUUGGGGAGCUGGCAGAAGAGCCUUCACGGGUGGCCUGCAAACACACUUCAUUUAUCAUGCGUGUUGGAGCCAGGAUGUAAGGAAGAGACAUAGAAACACAAAAGUUGGGGACGCAAAUUGAAUGAGGAGUUGAAACUGUAGGAGGAGAGGCUUCACGCGUCAGGAAAUACUGCGGACUCUAGGGGAGUGAGCACGUUUUCGAGUCUCCUCGUUCUGGAGAGCGGGACCGUGCUCGCCUUGUGUACUCCGGCUCGGUCCGGGAGCGCACCACGACGUGAAGCCGCGCACACCCGAGGUGCUCUCCAUCAGUGCUCACGCCCCAGCACAGGACACCUGUAAAGGGUCCUACCGGACUCAGAAGCCACCUAACCCCCAUAGGUUCCCACCUAUGCCCACCUUGUUCUGGGAUGGAUGGUGUCCCCGGGAAGACAGGCUGAAGUCCCCAACCCUGGUACCUGCGAAUGUGACCUUAGCUGGGAAUAGGGUCUUUGCCGAUGUGAUCAAGGGAAGAUGA